AAAGGAAAAAAAAAUUGGCAUCGAAGUGGUAAGAAGGCAGAAGUCAUGAAUCAAUUUGUCCAUUCGUAACACGUAAUAUAGGUCUGGCAUAUAGUUACGAAACAGUGAGCAAUAACCAAUGAAACGAAAUCGUUUCGCUACCUGGACGCGAUCUCAUAAACGUGUGGUCGCAUAUAAAGACGGAUGAAAGACACGGGCAAAAGCCAGUCAAAAUUUUCGAAGCGGAGUUAACAGUGUUGGCCAACAAUAAUGUGGAGAAACGUGCUGACCCUCGUGUUUCUCUGUAUCGGACUAGCAACGUCAGAUUUAUCGCCAUAUAAACCAAGGGGAUGGCGCCCUAAUGGUCAACGCUUUAAUCCUGCCAACAAUCGAUUGCAUGCGUAUUACGGGCCCCCUGGAUUACCAGCCUAUGAACCUCCACGCCCGACAAGCCAACCCCCAAUUUUCACCACCACGGCCACCACCCCGCAACCGACAACAACGACGACAACGAUGAAAACCACAACGACCCCGCGAACCAGAGAGCCUACGACGCCCUCUGCCGACGAAGAUUUCGACACGAAUCCAGCCUUGGCCAUCGCCAACUCCUUCGCCUUUAAUCGACCCGUUUAUAUUUACAACACCUUCCCCUUCUUACCCGGCCAAAUAUUGUUGAAAUGAAUCGAUUAAUCUUGAUGCGAGGUGAACUAUGGUAUAUUUAUAGCAUACGAGUAAAUGGUGUAUGUUUUAUGGGGAUGUUGGGGAAGUUCGUGUCGAUUUUUGGAUGAAAAUAUAGAAAAUGCGUUGAUGUU